AUGUGGCUAUUUCAACGUAAACAUAUUUCUGAUCCAAUUCUAAAGGAUUAUUUGAUCAAACGAGCAUUUGUAGAGUUUAUCACGCCUUUGGGGGAAGCCCAAAUUGGAAUCAAUCCUCGGUUUAACGAGCAGGAUGAGGAUGAGUUUCGAUUACAAGAUAAAUGUUUGUAUAGUCGUGGUCAACCGUCUCAGACCAAAGUAUCACGCAAAAUACUCGUGUACACGUUUCUAAGUUUGGCAUUCGUCAAUGUCGGCACUCUUGUGGGUCUGCUUGUUUCAGCGACUGUUAACCGUGAAUAUUCGAGCUACCAGCGCAAUGUCUCGUACUUCAUCGUGAUCGUAUCGUUGCUUCUAACGAUCUACGGGUCGUACGCGAUGCAGCAGCAGUCGUUAAACCACUUGACAAUGUUUUUUUUAGAUAGGAGCGAAAUCGAAUUUAGAUAUACCUCAGUGAACUUGGGCGUGUCUGUGAUUUUGUUUCCCUUGUCUCCCACCCCGAUCUAUUUUGUGCACUUUUUCUUUGAAUUGCUUCUCAUUUACAUCGCAUAUCAGCUCAAAUAUCGUCUUGUGUGCAAAUUGACAACUUGUGAAUUGUAG